CCGGGUGUUGCCUGCUCUGAAUCACGCGCAUUAUCGUCGCUGCAGCACCUUCGGCAUCCCGGAUACCAGUCGGUGAUCACCAGCAGCAUCGGGUUGAGAUGUCUCUUUUAGAUAUCUAGUAGCAACACACCGCUGGAAUCAAGACGGUCGAGAAAAAGCGCUGCUGAAACACACAACUCUGAAGACAUAUUUGUUAUCGUUCCACCCACGUCUCUCUACUGUUGCCUUUUUCCCCCCUUCACAUUUUAAAUGAAUCUUGUAAGAUUUAUGAAUAGCAGAGUUCCGUCCAAUAAGAGGUAUCAACCCACAGACUAUGAACAUGCUGCGAACUGUGCUACACACGCGCUGUGGGUAAUCCCUAGCCUAUUGGGCAGCUCUGUGCUGCACUUCCUGUCUGAGGACCAAUGGGAGCGUGUCUCAGCCUGGCUCUAUGGGGCGGGGCUUACCUCCCUCUUCCUCAUCUCUACUCUGUUCCACACGGUGACCUGGAAGAAAAGCCACCUACGGUCUGUGGAGCACUGUUUCCACAUGUGUGACAGAAUGGUGAUCUAUUUCUUCAUAGCAGCCUCCUACGCCCCCUGGUUGAACCUGCGGGAGCUGGGACCCUGGACCUGUCACAUGAGGUGGUUGGUCUGGGUGAUGGCCUCUGUCGGAACCACCUACGUCUUCUUCUUCCACGAGAGGUAUAAGUUGAUGGAACUGAUCUGUUAUACAGUGAUGGGAGUGUUCCCAGCCUUGGUCAUCCUGUCAAUGCCGGACCGCGAGGGGCUGUGGGAGUUGUUAGUGGGCGGUGCCUGUUACUGUCUGGGCAUGGUGUUCUUCAAGAGUGAUGGCCUCGUCCCGUUUGCCCAUGCCAUCUGGCACCUGUUUGUUGCCAUGGGAGCAGGCGUCCAUUACUACGCCAUCUACCGGUACCUCUACACGCCAGCAGCCAAUCAGAUGAAGACAUCCAGAUGACACACGGAGACCGGGGGCGAGGGGUGAUGAUGUCACAGGAAGUUGAAGGAAGGAGUGGACUUGUGAAGAAGUGAUGUCAAGAAAGGAGGGAUGGAGAGAUGAGAAUAGAACCAUAGCAACGUGGAGAGAUGAUAAUAGAACCAUAGCAACGUGGAGAGAUGAGAAUAGAACCAUAGCAACGUGGAGAGAUGAUAAUAGAACCAUAGCAACGUGGAGAGAUGAGAAUAGAACCAUAGCAACGUGGAGAGAUGAGAAUAGAACCAUAGCAACGUGGAGAGAUGAGAAUAGAACCAUAGCAACGUGGAGAGAUGAUAAUAGAACCAUAGCAACGUGGAGAGAUGAGAAUAGAACCAUAGCAAAGUGGAGAGAUGAGAAUAGAACCAUAGCAACGUGGAGAGAUGAGAAUAGAACCAUAGCAACGUGGAGAGAUGAGAAUAGAACCAUAGCAACGUGGUGAGAUGAGAAUAGAACCAUAGCAACGUGGAGAGAUGAGAAUACAAACGUGGAGAGAUUUUUGUUAAAUUUCACCUUUAUUUAACCAGGUUGGCCAGUUGAGGACAAGUUCUCAUUUACAACUGUGACCUGGCCAAGAUAAAGCAAAGCAGUGCGACAAAAACAACAACACGGAGAUGAGAAUAGAACCAUAGAAACAUGGGGAGAUCCCUGAUUUAUGUGUCCCGGACAGACAGGAUGUUGAUCACUGGUUUAUGUGUCCCGGACAGACAGGAUGUUGAUCACUGGUUUAUGUGUCCUGGACAGACAGGAUGUAGAUCACUGGAUGUUGAUCACUGGUUUAUGUGUCCUGGACAGACAGGAUGUAGAUCACUGGAUGUUGAUCACUGGUUUAUGUGUCCCGGACAGACAGGAUGUUGAUCACUGGUUUAUGUGUCCUGGACAGACAGGAUGUAGAUCACUGGAUGUUGAUCACUGGUUUAUGUGUCCUGGACAGACAGGAUGUAGAACACAGGUUUAUGUGUCCUGGACAGACUGGAUGUAGAUCACUGGAUGUUGAUCACUGGUUUAUGUGUCCUGGACAGACAGGAUGUAGAUCACUGGUUUAUGUGUCCUGGACAGACAGGAUGUAGAUCACUGGUUUAUGUGUCCUGGACAGACAGGAUGUAGAGUUAGUUAUGUAACCCUCCAGUGUAGUGUAGUGUAGGAUGUAGAUCACUGGUUUAUGUGUCCUGGACAGACAGGAUGUAGAGUUAGUUAUGUAACCCUCCAGUGUAGUGUGCGUGGUAGAUCCCUGGUUUAUGUGUCCUGGACAGACAGGAUGUAAAGUUAGUUAUGUAACCCUCCACUGUAGUGUGCGUGGUAGAUCACUGGUUUAUGUGUCCUGGACAGACAGGAUGUAGAGUUAGUUAUGUAACCCUCCAGUGUAGUGUGCGUGGUAGAUCACUGGUUUAUGUGUCCUGGACAGACAGGAUGUAGAGUUAGUUAUGUAACCCUCCAGUGUAGUGUAGUGUAGGAUGUAGAUCCCUGGUUUAUGUGUCUUGGACAGACAGGAUGUAGAUCACUGGUUUAUGUGUCCUGGACAGACAGGAUGUAGAGUUAGUUAUGUAACCCUCCAGUGUAGUGUAGUGUAGGAUGUAGAUCACUGGUUUAUGUGUCCUGGACAGACAGGAUGUAGAGUUAGUUAUGUAACCCUCCAGUGUAGUGUAGCGUGGUAGAUCCCUGGUUUAUGUGUCCUGGACAGACAGGAUGUAGAGUUAGUUAUGUAACCCUCCAGUGUAGUGUAGUGUAGGAUGUAGAUCCCUGGUUUAUGUGUCUUGGACAGACAGGAUGUAGAUCACUGGUUUAUGUGUCCUGGACAGACAGGAUGUAGAGUUAGUUAUGUAACCCUCCAGUGUAGUGUAGUGUAGGAUGUAGAUCACUGGUUUAU